CUCUCCUUCACUCGCAGCCACCUACGCACCUCCAGAGCCCCGGCCUGGCGGCACACCCUGCCCGGGACCCCUCCCCGGCACGGCACAGCGCCCGCCAUGGCCCCGCUGGGCGAGGACACGCCGCUGAUCGGGGGCCGCUCCUGCAGCCUCUCCUCGGCCGAGCCCGGCAAGACCGGCACCCUGCGGGUGCUGCUGUACCCCCGGGCACCCGCCCCACGCAGCCCCCCCGGCGCCCUCACCUUCAGCUGCGGAGAGUUCACGGCCGAGGAGCUCUGUGUGCGCGCGGCCAAGGCCUGCGGCGUGCUGCCCGUGUGCCACCCGCUCUUCGCCCUGGCCACGGAGGAUCUGAGCUGCUGGUUCCCCCCCACCCACCUCUUCACCGUGGACGAGUCCAGCAGCCAGGUCGUGGUGUACAGGAUCAGGUUCUUCUUCCCCAACUGGUGUGGACUGGGACAGUCCCACCGAUUCCAGCUGUUGAAUGACCGGGCCAGCCCCAUCCUGGACUACCCUGUCAUCGAUUACCUGUUCGCCCAGUCCCGCAGUGACUUCGUCGAGGGCCGCGUGGCCGUGGGGCUGAGCCUGCCCACGCAGGAGGAGUGCCUGGGGCUGGCCCUGCUGGACAUGCUGCGCAUCGCCAAGGAGGAGAGGCAGAGCCCCGACCAGGUCUGCAGCCACGUCAGCUACAAGUCCUGCAUCCCGGAGCCGCUGCGGAGCCAGAUCCAGCAGCACAACUUCCUCACCCGCAAGCGCAUCCGGCGCCGCUUCAGCAAAUCCCUGCGGAAGCUCGGGGGCUGCCAGACCGACGGGCCCCACCUGAAGCUCAAGUACCUGCUGGACCUGGAGCGGCUGCAGCGCCGCCGGGCCGAGGAGAGUUUCCGUGUCCGCUCCCCCGGGUCCCCCGCGGGCAUCACCAUCCACGUGGCCGGGGAGAGCGGCGUGUCCUGGAGCUGCGGCGGCUCCGAGAACCGGCAGCACUUCUGCGACUUCCCCGACAUCGCCGACAUCAGCAUCAAGCAGGCGGGCGGGGAGGGCGGCCCCGCGGAGACCCGGCUCGUCACCCUCACCAAGGCGGACAACCGCGUGCUGGAGGUGGAGUUCCCCACGCUGCGGGAGGCUCGUUCCUUCGUGGCUCUCAUCGACGGCUACUACCGGCUGACGGCGGACGCCCAGCACUACUUCUGCAAGGAGGUGGCCCCCCCCCGGCUCCUGGAGGACUUGGAGAACCAGUGCCACGGGCCCAUCAGCGCCGAGUUCGCCGUGACCAAGCUGAAGGCGGCCGGGAGCCCCCCGGGGCUGUACCUGCUGCGCCGCAGCCCCCAGGACUUCGACAGUUACCUGCUGACCGUCUGUGUCCAGACCCGCUCCGGGCAGGACUACAGGCGGUGCCAGAUCCGCAGGGACGAGGAGGGACACUUCUGGCUGUCGGGGGUGUCGCGGAGGUUCUGCAGCCUGAGGGAGCUGCUGGACACCUACGGGCACCGGGGGCUGCAGGCAGAGGGGGCCCGCAUGCACCUGGGGGCCUGCUGCCCACCCCGCCCCAAAGAGAAGUCCAACCUGCUGAUUGUUCGGAGCGGGGCCCCCCCGCCCCCCGGCUCCCCCCCAGCCCCCCGGCGCCGCAGCCUCCACCAGAUGAUGUUCCACAAGAUCGACCCCCAGAGCCUGACACGGGGCGAGAGCCUCGGCCAGGGCUCCUUCACCCAGAUCUACAAGGGCGUCAAGCGGGACCAGGAGGAGCAGGAGGAGGGGGACGGGCCCCGCCAGACCACCGUGGUGCUCAAGGUCAUGGACAGCAGCCACCGCAACUGCUCCGAGUCCUUCCUGGAGGCAGCCAGCACCAUGAGCCAGCUCUCCCACAAGCACCUGGUCCUGCUGCACGGCGUCAGCCUCGGGAAGGACAGUGUGAUGGUGCAGGAGCUCGUCCGGCACGGCCCCCUGGACCUCUACCUGCGCAAGAAGCGGGGCGAGGGCUCGGUGACCACCAGCUGGAAGCUGACGGUGGCCAAGCAGUUGGCCUAUGCCCUCAACUACCUGGAGGACAAGAAGAUCACCCACGGGAACGUCUCUGCCAAGAAGGUGCUGCUGGCACGGGAGGGGGACGCGGCCACAGGGACCCCCCCCUUCAUCAAGCUCAACGACCCCGGGGUCAGCGUCACCGUCCUGGCCCCAGACAUGCUGGUGCAGAGGAUCCCCUGGGUGGCCCCCGAGUGUGUCCGGGAUCCCAAGAGCCUGGCACUGCCCGCUGACAAGUGGAGCUUCGGGGCAACCCUCUGGGAGAUCUUCAGUGGUGGGAACAUGCCCCUGAGCCUGCUGGAGCCCCAGAAGAAGCUGGAUUUCUACCAGAGCCGGCUGCAGCUCCCGGCUCCCAAGUGGCCGGAGCUGGCCACGCUCAUGGCCCAGUGCAUGGAAUACGAGCCCCAGCGCCGGCCCUGCUUCCGCGCCCUCAUCCGCGACCUCAACAGCCUCAUCACCUCCGACUACGAGCUGCUGUCGGACCUGUCCCCCGCGGACGUGGCGCUCCGGGACAGCCUGUGGGGACACGAGCCCCUGGCCGUGAGCCGGGACCCUGAGCACUUCCAGGAGCGGCACCUCAAGUACAUCUCACUGCUGGGAAAGGGUAAUUUUGGGAGCGUGGAGCUGUGCCGCUACGACCCCCUGGGGGACAGCACGGGCGAGCUGGUGGCGGUGAAGAAGCUGCAGCAGGACUCGGCCAAGGAGCUGCGGGAUUUCGAGCGGGAGAUCCAGAUCCUGCACUCGCUGCAGCACGACUUCAUCGUCCGCUACCGCGGCGUCUGCUACAGCCGGGGAUGGCGGGGGCUGCGGCUGGUGAUGGAAUUCCUGCCCAACGGCUGCCUGCGGGAUUACCUGCAGAAGAACCAGCCCCACCUGGACCACAGGGCGCUGCUCCUCUACGCCUGGCAGAUCUGCAAGGGCAUGGAAUACCUGGGGGCGCAGCGCUGCGUGCACCGGGACCUGGCCAGCAGGAACAUCCUGGUGGAGAGCGAGAGCCACGUCAAGAUCGGGGAUUUCGGGCUGGCCAAGCUGCUCCCGCAGGACAAGGACUAUUACGUGGUGCGGGAGCCCGGCCAGAGCCCCGUCUUCUGGUACGCUCCCGAAUCCCUGGCGGAAAACGUCUUCUCCUGCGCGUCCGACGCCUGGAGCUUCGGGGUCCUGCUCUACGAGCUCUUCACCUACGGCGACAAGAGCAGGAGCCCCUCAGAGGAGUUCCUCCGGAUGAUGGGCACCGGGAAGCCGGCGCAGAUCAUCUGCCACUUGCUGGAGCUCCUCAAGGACAACCGGCGCCUCCCGGUGCCGCCCGGCUGCCCCGCGGAGGUCUACUCGCUGAUGAUGAGCUGCUGGGCCUUCGCCCCCGCUGCCAGGCCCGCUUUUGGGGAGCUGUCCCCCAGGAUCGAGGCGCUGCGGGACGGUCGGAGCAAAGCCCGUGGGUAGAACCCCCUCCCCCAAAACUCCCCCCCGGCUGGGACCCCCGGACACCCACCUCCCUCCUCAGCACCGUGUGGCCACAACGACGCUUCAGGGAGCUCUGAGGGGCACAGCGUGGGGGGGACGAGACCCCCAUGCCCCUCUCCCAUGGCACACAGAUCCCCCCCUCGAACUGCCCCUUGGCUUCCCCCCUCCCCUUCUGCCUGUUCCUGCCUCCACCAUGGCAAAUUCAGCCUUAUUUUAUUAAAGUUUGGUAAAUUUUGCAGCUGGGGUGAGGUGAGGGCGUGCCUGGGGAGGGGGGACACGUGGGGAAGGGGGGUGUGGGCGUCUGGUUGCUGUGGAGCUGCUGGGAGAGAGCGGGUGCCUGUGGCACAUCCCGGUGAGGGGGCCCCAGCUUGGCACUGUGGGGUCAAUGCCCACCCCAGUGGGCUCAGGGGAUUCCUUUGCUCCCACCCUGAGCCCAUGAUCCCCCCCAAAACCAGCCCCCUCGUCCCUGCACCCCCUCAGAAAGGCUCCAGACCCCAAAUCCUCAUUAGCAACACGCACUCGUUUCUUCUCCCUCUGCCGCCUUUGGCCACGGGAGGGCAGAUUUGGGGUGAAACCAGACAGGAACAGGCCCGGAGCAGCACGGAACUGAGUCCCAGAGCUGGGAUUCAGCAUUCCAGACAUCACUGCCCUCCUGGAAGGACCACCCCUGGGGUCCCCCUUCCCAGUAUGGAGCAGCAGCUACAGGGGUUGGGAGGGAACCACAGCCCAGGGGCUCCUGGGGUGGUUCCUGCCAGCUCUGGAUCCUCCUCAGUGGCCCUAAAAGAUGCUCAGACCCCCUAGAAGAUGCUCCCCCAGCCAGGGGUGGAACAGCACCUGCCCCAGCCCCAGGCUGCAGGAGGUGUCCCUGAGAUCCCACCGCAGCCCAUCCCUGUGCUCCCACCGCUGGCUGAGCUUCCCAGCAUUCCAGGGGCUCGGGAACACCCCCAUGAGGCUCCCUCAGAAUUCCUGCCCCAGGUCCUGGGGACAAACUCCUGCCUCUCAGAGUUCACCAGGGGUGAUUUAGUGGCCAAGAGGAGGAAAAGUCAGGGAUCACUGGGGCCCCCCCGGCACUUGCCAGGGCCCGGAGCAGCACCGGGAAGGACCGGCAGCUCGGAGGAACUGGGAAUGUCGUGCACCAAGGGGGUGGGCACAGCCCCAGACCCCCCCAGAGAGACCCCCUGGACCACCAGAGCUCCCCCAGAGCCAGCUCAGUGCCACCCUCACACUGAGCCUCUCCCGGAGCAGCGAUCCCAGUGGCACCAGUAUCCUGUGGGAAUCCUCCCCCCGCCCGCUGCCACCCACCCACCCACGGGCACAAAAGGAGGUUAUUAGAAAAUAAAGGUUAUUAGAAAAUAAAGUGUUUAAUAAAAGAGCA